AUGGUCCGCGAUCCAAUUCUUCCCCUUCGAUCCUCCAUUGCGCCUGUAAACUACGACGAAAAACCUGAUGUGAUUCUCCCGCCACCCGCAGUUCUUCCCGAACCAGUGAUUAUAACAGUUCCUGAGAAACACGAAAGUGUCUAUGGUUUCCAUUCCAAGGAAGUUAUUCAUAUUCAUCCGGAAAAACCUGAAACCAGAGAAAUUGGUAUUGUUUUCGAUUUUACAUAUAAACAAAUUUCGACAUUAAAAUGUUUUCAGGCGUUAUGACUGAACCAAUACUCGAAGUUGUCCCUGAUGUUGUAGUUGUUGCUCCAGCUCCAAUUGCAAAACGCAAAAAAAUUGUUAAGGUAUGUUUUUUCUCAAUUUACAAUAGAAGAUAAUUAGCUCCAUUCAACUUAAAAAAAAGUUUUUUUCUAAUAGAAACCAAAAAAAAUGUUUAUCCCCUCAACAAUUGAUCCUAUUGAUGAAGACAUUGCUGAAGACGUACCAAUUCCUGAUGUUCGAGCUGAAAGUCCUGGCGGAAAAUCGAUUGCUCCAAUGGGUGAUGCUUUUGGAUUCCAAAAGAAUCCCAAACCUUUGGGUCCUGAAAUGGGAGAUUUUGAGAAUCCUCCUAAAAAUUUGGCAGAGGAUGAUGCACCGAAACCUGUAGCUCCUAAAAAACCUGCGGCACAAAUCCCAGAUCCAAGAGCAAUUGAAUCACCACCCAUGGCAAAUAAUAAACCAAUUUCGUUAGUCAUUCAUAAAACUUGAAAGAUUAUUUGAAGAGAAACGUGGUUUUUGUAGAUUCUCCCCGAUUCCUGAUGAAUCUGAUGAAGAAAUGCCAGCUGUGAUGAACAAGAUUCCAUCUCCACCAUCACAAAGAAAACCAAACAAUCCAAAGUUGAUAAACUCUUCAAAAUUUGUAUGAGAUUAAGUCAUUUCAGAUCGUCUCCAGUUCCAUUGGAUGAUGAUUCAACCCCAUUCAAUGCUCCGGAGAUUGCCAAACCACCGUUGAGAAAUAAGUUGGUAUUUAUUAUUUUUGUGCAAAAAAGAGGGUUUGAGACCUAUACAUAAGUUCUCAGCUUACAAGAGCGUCUGCGCGUCAUUUUAUAUGUUUUUUAAUGCCAACUUAAAUUCUCUCAAAACCAAAAAUUUUCCAGAAGAUUGAAUGAUCCUCCUGUAAUCAACGGUGGCUCUGACGACAAACCAAAAUCAAACAAUCCAUUCGCCAACUUAUCAGCACCUUCAAGAAAUAACAACGAGAUGCCACAAGCUGAGCCAUUUUCUAGAGCUCCAAGUGAUGUGGGAAUGAGAGCGGCUAGAGGAAAACUUGGAGGGGUUUGAAUAUUUUUGAUUUAUCUCAGCAGCAGCAUAUCCCAACUUUUUAGGUUGUGAAAGGUGGUGGCGGCGGUGGUGAUGCACCAACUGGUUGGAAACCAUGGGCAAAAGGAAAUCAUAAAUAA